AUGAGCAGACCAACCCGCGGCCUGGCCAGCGCGGCUACCCUUUACGUCUUCUUCUUCCUUCUCCUCGCCGCUCCAAUCGCCCUCGCCUUUGAUCCCAACUUUGACUUUUACCCAGCGGACGCCGAGUCAUGCCUGCUCGAUGCGGCCAAGGCGUCCAAGUGCCAGGGCGACUCGCCCAAGGCCCUCAACGCGUGCCUCUGCGGCAACGGCGGCGGCUUCGUCGUCCGCGCCGCCCAGUGCCUCGGCAAAAAGGACAAAAAGGACGUCGGAAGCGUCUACGACACCAUGGCCGACGCGUGCGCCCACUCCGGCACGCCCCUCAAGGUGGACAAGGACGACUUUGCUGACGCGGCCGACGAUGGCAGCAAGUCUUCUUCGUCUAGCAGCAGAAGCAGCAGCACGGCGACCAAGACAUCUUCGUCGUCGACAUCGGCUAGCAACACUGCCAGCAAAACCCCCUCCUCCUCUUCCACCUCGACCACACCAUCCGCGACGACAUCUUCCACCGCGUCCCCGACAGCCUCCCCAGAUGGCAGCAAGAAGCUCUCCACCGCAGGCACCAUUGGCGUCGCAGCCGGAGUCUCCGUCGCCGGCGUCGCCGCCAUUGCUGGCCUUGCCUGGUUCCUCGUCCGCCGCCGCAAGCGCAGCACCGCCGCCGACGAAGCACACCCCAUGCUCGCACAAGAAAAGUACGGUGGAAGCGGCGGUGGUGGUGGUGGUGGUGCUACCACGUUCCCACCGCACGAUCCUUCGCCGAGCCUAGGCGGCGGCGGCGGCGGGUUCGGCCGCGAGACCAAGUCGCACUACUCGGUGUCGACAUUCAGCAGCGCCCAUCCGCGGCAGAGCUACGCCGCGCUGUCCAGCGUGAGCCCCGACCCCCAGCAGCACAACUUCCUCGCGGCGUGGGAGCCUCCGGCUAGCGCGUCGUACAACUCGAGCCCGCGGAACAGUGCGGCGUACGUCGGACCGUACGCCGCACCGCAGCACCAGCAGCAAGCACAGCCCGUCCUCGCGGAGCUGCCGCCGCAGACGCAGGCGCGGCCGGUCAGCAAUAUCUUUGAGCUGGAGUCGAGCGCUGUGGCUGAGGCGCCGGCGCCGCUGGAGCUGCCGCAGGCGGCUUCGCAACCGGUGUGGCAACAGCAGCAGCAGCACACGAGGGAGUACAGGCCGUAUAUACCCAAGUGA